AUGAUGUUGCUCUCUUCACUUUUGUUGUUGAGUGUUUUGGGAAGUGUCUUUGGGGGCUUUCGUGUCCCUAUAUUGAGUGCACCUAUAAAUUCCUUUCCUGCACCAACUUUCAACGGUUUUAAAAGUCUUAACCAAGAAUAUUUUGAUAAAGUGACAACCUAUGAUGUUUGGCAGACACCAAGGAGCGUAGGAGAGGGGAUAAGUCCAUUCGAUGUUAUUGUGGACUCUACUCUUGAUACAAUAAUUCAAGACGCUUACGUACUGCUUGACCGAGGUAAUCUCACAAUUCAGAUGCUCGAGACAAAAAAGUUAUAUAACUGCACGGUUUGUUAUUCCGUGAAGAAUGAAGAUCUUACAAAUUACACUGAUCUUACCAUGAGGAACUUAACAAAUUUGGGGGACAAGACAAUUGGAGAAAUUCACGCAUUUGCUGUUGAAGCAAUGGAGAAGAAAUUUUGUUUCAACAUGACAGUCUUGGAACAAAUGCUGAAUCUUUCGUCUUUAAGGGUGAUCAAUGACCAAUGGCCUUCAUUUGUACCACAUAUCGUUUCUGCGGCUAUAAAAUGCCGUGCUGAUCAACUUGGUGUAACUGUCUCCGAACUGGCGGAACUUUUAAACACAAAUAAUGAAACAUUGUACGGCUAUAACAUGAAUCAACUCGAUGACAUAUUUUUCCCCGCGUUUGACGACUUGGUUGCUCGUAAGAAUCUGUUUGAAAAUCAAUCGUUCUCCGUUGCUAUAGCAGGAAUGACGGUUGCUGAAUGGCUAUCUAAGACUAUGGCGUACUAUGCAAAUACUACAAGCAAGUUCUCAGUACGUCAUCUUGAGAUAUUAUACAGAUGGAAAUCGGCACAGCUUUUCGCCAUAGAAAAUAUAAUGUUGUCCAGUUAUUUCUCUCAAUGCAAUUCUCUUUCAACUGUUGGCUCUGCCUUUGAUCUAUCUAAGACAAUAUUUGGAUAUCAAACUACACUUCCUUCAUGUAAUGUUGCCUUUGUUUUAUCUCGAUCUUUGGGUGAAGAUGAAGUCAGAUUCAAUCUUGCUACGAUCACGGACAGAAAUAUUUUAAACAUUGUAAGAAACGCAAGUGGUAUUAGUAGCUGGUUUAAUUUUUAUCAGUUGCUGUUCACAAUUUCUGAAGGUAUUUGGAUGGAGACUCCUCUUGUUUCUCAAGUUCAACUGGCCCAAAGCCUCUCCAAUGUUCAAAUCCUCACCUAUUCGGUUCCACAAAUCGCGUACGCAAUCAGAACUUUAAAUAGUACUGGUGCAUUGAGUAACAUUAUGAAGAACAAUUAUCAGCAAUAUCUUUCACUCUUGUUGCAAACGUAUGGCUUUUCAAAAUCCGGUCUCGCCUCCUUAACAGGACAAACUGAAGCUCAAAUCGACGAUUUAACGAUACAAGAGGCUCACAGUCUCGUAUUUGAAGCGUUAUAUCUGCGAUACGAUAUUGUUGAAUUUUUAAGCAAGUUUAAUCCAGCAGGCGUGGACAAAUAUGUUGCCAUUAAUCUUCCCUCAUUUGAAUGGUACCGACUGGUAAAAGCAGCUAUUGAGAAAUCAUUUGAUCAACUAUCAAUAGCUUUCUCGACAAAUCUUACAGCAGGAACAGGUGGUGUUUCAGUUGUGGCACUUGCAGAUGGAACAUCUUCAAUUAGAGUUCAAACGGGUAGCGCACCCAGUACCUUUGUAAUCACAGUAACUCAUUUGGCGUCAUGCUUGGGUACCACAGUAUCAGAAAUAUACCAAAGAACCAUGUCUGGGUAUCAAACACUGUAUCAAAGCUCAGCGGUACCACUGAUGAAUAAAAAGAUCGUUUUGGAAACGGAAAAGUUUGAAGAUUUGUUAGCGAGACUUGGAACAACAUUUGGAAAUAUUGACAGUGAAACUGUUGGUGAAACAAUCCAGAAUCGCGUUGGACUGACCGCAGAACAGUUGCGUUGCAUGUAUGGAUGGUCAUCUGAAUUCACAUCUUUCCUGUUUGGAAUAAGCUGGAGAAAUGUUAGCUCGUUCCGCCUUUGUGGCAAUUUCGUCUCUUGGCCUCUUCAUAGGAUUGCUUUGGCACUAAAAUAUUCCACGCCAACUAUUUGUGAAUUAUGUUCCACGAACCCUUGUGAUGCUAACGCAAACUGUACCAACACAGUCGGUUCAUAUACUUGUACUUGUCAUACUGGUUUCUCUGGAAAUGGACGAACUUGUACAGAUAUCGAUGAAUGCGUAUUAAAGACUGAUGACUGUAGCACGAAUGCUAACUGUGCAAACACUAUUGGCUCAUUCACGUGUCAGUGUAAGACAGGUUAUUCUGGAGACGGAAGAACUUGCAUAGAUAUUGAUGAAUGCUUGUUAAAUAUUGAUAACUGUGGUCAAAAUGCUAAUUGUGCAAAUACACAAGGAAGUUUCACUUGUACAUGCAGGGCUGGUUAUAGUGGAGAUGGUCUAUCUUGUAAUGACAUAAACGAGUGUACUCUCGAUCUACAUAAUUGCCAUGUUAAUGCCACAUGUACUAACAUAUUUGGUUCGUUUACUUGUCAAUGUAAUUCUGGGUUUACUGGAAAUGGAGUCAUUUGUGGUGAUAUUAACGAGUGUACAACUGGUACUCACGACUGUCAUCCUAACACCAACGAGGCUUCGUGUACAAACACGAUUGGUUCAUUUAGGUGCGCUUGUAAAACUGGUUUUACAGGCGAUGGAAAAACAUGUACAGAUAUCAACGAAUGCGUCCUAGAUACUGACAACUGUCAUACUCAAGCUAGCUGCACAAACAACCAUGGAUCUUACACAUGUGCGUGCAACGUUGGUUGGACUGGAAAUGGAUUUUCUUGUAUUGACAUCGAUGAAUGUGCUAGUAAUACAGAUAAUUGUCAUAACACCCGAGCGACAUGUAACAACAACCCUGGGUCCUUUUCAUGUGCUUGUAAUGCUGGAUACAGUGGAAAUGGCACCAACUGUGUUGAUAUUGACGAAUGCGCACUUGGAACUGACAACUGUGACGGUCAAGCAACUUGUUCUAAUACGAUCGGAUCAUUUAUCUGCACCUGUAAGAUUGGUUACACAGGGGAUGGAGUGACGUGUACAGAUAUCGAUGAAUGCCAGCUCAAUUUAGACAAUUGUCAUUUGAAUGCGACAUGUACCAAUACAGAAGGCUCAUUCAUUUGUGCUUGUCGACCAGGUUUUACAGGAGACGGUCUUGUAUGUACAGAUAUUGACGAGUGCGCACAGGGCACCGAUCUCUGUGACAGACAAAAUGGACGUUGUUUCAAUGUCAAGGGAUCGUACACUUGUACUUGCAAUGACGGCUACCGUGGAGACGGAAGGACUUGUGUAGACAUUGACGAGUGUGCAGAACAAACUGACAAUUGUGACGCUAAUGCUCAGUGUACAAACAAUCCUGGUAAUUUCAGCUGUGCUUGUAAACCUGGCUUUUCUGGAAAUGGAGUCGUUUGUGACAACAUCAACGAAUGUGCUCUUGGAAUUCACAACUGUCAUGUGAACGCCACGUGUACAGAUACCAUUGGUUCAUUUACAUGUCAGUGCAAGACUGGAUUCCAAGGCAAUGGAGUAUCUUGUACAGACAUUGAUGAGUGUGCGACGAAUAUAGACACAUGUAGUUCAGAUGGCAUUUGUGAGAAUACAAUGGGAAGUUAUACUUGUAGAUGUAAAGUUGGUUUCAGUGGAGAUGGCAGAACAUGCACAGAUAUCGACGAGUGCAUAUUGGGUACACAUAAUUGCGAUCCCAACGCAAAUUGCGCAAACACAAGAGGAUCCUUUACCUGUACUUGUAAGACUGGUUUUGAAGGAAAUGGAGCCAGUUGCACAGAUAUUGAUGAGUGUGCACGUGCAAUUCACAACUGCCCAAGCUCCUCAACUUGUGUUAAUACCCAGGGAUCGUUCAUAUGCCAGUGUGGAUCCGGUUUAAGGCUACUAAACGGUGUCUGUGUUGAUAUCAACGAAUGCGAUUCUGGUUUACAUAACUGUCAUAUACAUGCCAAUUGUUUUAACAGCUUCGGGGCAUUUUCCUGCGUGUGCAAAACUGGAUAUGCUGGGAAUGGUACAUACUGCGAAGAUAUCGACGAAUGUGCAGCUAAUACUGACAAUUGUCACGUGAAAGCUGAUUGCACGAACACGAUUGGUUCUUUUACCUGUAAUUGUCACGUUGGUUAUGAAGGAAAUGGUACCAAUUGUGAUGAUAUUGACGAGUGUGGAAGAAAUAUGGACAAUUGUCAUACCAACGCCAACUGUACCAACAUUGUGGGAUCAUUCCAAUGUGCCUGCAAAACAGGAUACAAUGGAAAUGGAGUCAUUUGUUCAGAUAUUGACGAGUGUUUAUUAAACCAAGAUAAUUGUCACAGCAAUGCACAGUGUUCAAAUACACAAGGAUCGUUUAAGUGCAUCUGUAAUACAGGCUACACUGGAGAUGGAAGAACUUGUAAUGAUAUUGAUGAGUGCAAUCGGAAUACUGAUGACUGUCAUCAAUUUGCCACCUGCACCAACACCGUCGGUUCAUUUGAAUGUCGAUGUAAUGUAGGGUAUGAAGGAGAUGGUGUAAACUGUCGAGAUGUUGAUGAAUGCCUUAAUAAUCUUGAUAACUGUGCUGUGGGUAUUGCCACGUGCACAAACACUGAGGGCUCUUAUACCUGUGCUUGUAAUCCUGGGUACUCUGGAAAUGGGCGUGUGUGUGUUGACGAUGAUGAAUGUACACUUGGAACUGACAAUUGUCACGAUACGUUAGCAAUCUGCACGAACACACCUGGAUCAUUUGAGUGUACAUGUAAAGCAGGCUUUAAUGGAGACGGGGUCAACUGUACCGAUAUCGGGGAAUGCAACAGAAACCCUUGUCAUGUAAACGCAAUCUGUACAAAUACAUUUGGAGGCUUUAACUGUAGCUGUAAACCUGGUUAUGCUGGAAACGGUUUAACAACAUGUAAUGAUAUCAAUGAAUGUAACGGCAAUCCGUGUCAUCAAUUCGCCACUUGUAAAAACACUGAUGGAUCGUUUACCUGCACCUGUAAUACCGGGUAUGCCGGAAAUGGCUUCAUCUGUCUAGAUGUGGACGAAUGCUUGGAUCCGAACAGAUGUCAUAAUUCAGCAACAUGCGCAAAUACCGUAGGAUCAUUUACAUGUACAUGUAAUCCUGGCUAUUCUGGAGAUGGAUUCGCUUGUAUUAAUAUCAACGAGUGUUUGACAGAUCCUUGUGACCCAAAUGCCAAGUGCGAUGAUCUUCCAGGUACUUUCACGUGUACGUGUAACACAGGCUAUAAAGGAGAUGGAUUUACUUGCACAAAUAUCGACGAAUGUACGACAUUGAGUCCUUGUAGUGUUGAUGCGGUCUGUGCUGACACUCCUGGCUCUUUCACGUGUACUUGUAAAACAGGUUUCAUAGGAAAUGGAUUAACAUGUGCAGAUAUUGAUGAAUGCGAUAAUAACCCAUGUGACACAAACGCUACAUGUACAAACACACGAGGCACUUAUCUUUGUAAUUGUAACUCUGGAUUCGCCGGAGACGGAGUCACCUGUGUCAAUAUCAACGAAUGCAGAAAUGAUCCAUGCCAUGCUCAAGCCACUUGUGUAGACACGCUUGGUUCCUACACUUGUACCUGCAACCAAGGAUAUACUGGAAAUGGUGUCCUUUGUGAAGAUAUCAACGAAUGUACCAAUUCAACAACUUCUCCGUGCCACGCUAGGGCUACCUGUACUAACACACAAGGAUCUUAUAGAUGUGCUUGCAAUAUUGGUUACUCUGGAGAUGGAAAGCUUCUUUGUAAUGAUAUCGAUGAAUGUCUCGGUAACCCAUGCAGCGUCCAUGCAACUUGUGCAAAUGGAGUUGGAUCAUUUCAAUGCACGUGUAAGCCUGGCUUUAACGGAAAUGGACUAUUUUGCUCAGACAUCAAUGAAUGUGAGCAAAAUCCAUUCCCUUGUGCUGCUGGUCGAGCCACUUGUACAAAUCUGAUUGGUUCAUACAUGUGUAACUGCACUACUGGUUUUACUGGCGAUGGUGCUGUCUGCACUAAUAUCGACGAAUGUCAAACGACUCCUUGUGACACCAAUGCACGAUGUCAAGACACGAUUGGCUCCUUCCUCUGUACUUGUAAUACAGGAUUCUUUGGCAAUGGAUUCAAUUGUGCGGACAUCGACGAAUGUAAAGUAUCAAGUUCUUGUCAUUCCCAAGCUACAUGCAAAAACAAUAUAGGAUCGUUCACUUGUAGUUGUAAUACUGGAUACGUGGGAAAUGGUCAAAUCUGUGUUGAUAUUAACGAGUGUCCAGGCAAACCAUGUGAUCCUAACGAUAACGCUAACUGUACAAACAGCCCUGGAUCCUACUUAUGUCGUUGUCACACUGGCUUCCAAGGAAAUGGAUUGAUUUGUAAUGAUAUCAACGAAUGUGAUGUAACUAGACCCUGCAACACCCUGGCCAACUGCGUCAACACGAUUGGUUCUUUCCAAUGUAGUUGUCAGACAGGUUAUUCCGGAAAUGGUCUUCAGUGUGCUGAUAUCAACGAGUGCUUGAGGGCCUCUUGUGAUGUAAACGCUGACUGUUCGAAUUCACCUGGGUCAUUUGAUUGUUCCUGCAAAACAGGAUACACUGGAAACGGAUUAAGUUGUUCCGAUAUUGAUGAAUGUGCUGGAUCACCAUGUCAUACUGAUGGUUCUUGUGCUAAUACUCCGGGUUCUUUCCAAUGCACGUGCAAACCUGGAUACUCUGGAAAUGGUUUCGUUUGUCUCAACACUGACGAGUGUGCCAGUGGGACUCAUAAUUGCAGUCAGUUUGCUACAUGCACAGAUACUGCUGGAUCUUAUGAAUGUAAUUGCAAUCCAGGGUACACUGGAGAUGGAAGGACGUGUACAGAUAUUGAUGAAUGUGUUUUAUUCAAUUUCUGUCACGUGGAUGCCAAAUGUACAAAUACGCAGGGUUCCUUCACAUGUGCCUGUAAUCCUGGUCACACUGGUGAUGGUAAAACAUCUUGUGUUGAUAUUGACGAGUGUUUGACAAAUCCAUGUUCUCCUAACGGUACCUGCACGAACAGCAAAGGUUCAUUUGAUUGUAAAUGUAAACCAGGAUUCACUGGAAAUGGCGAAAUAUGUAAUAACAUCAAUGAAUGUGCAGUAGACAGUCCAUGCCAUUCAAAUGCAAAUUGCACGGACACAUUUGGUUCUUUCAUUUGCAAGUGUAAAACUGGCUACACCGGAGAUGGUUUUAUCUGUACUGAUAUUGAUGAAUGCCAAACAAAUCCAUGUCACGCUAUUGCUGCGUGUCAAAAUAUGCCCGGAAGCUAUACAUGUGCGUGUAAUGUUGGGUACUCCGGAGACGGCUUUAAUUGUGUGGAUAUCAAUGAAUGUGAUAAUGACCCAUGCCAUGCCAAUGCCAGGUGUACUAAUAAUGCUGGAUCAUUUUCGUGUGCCUGUAAUUCUGGUUAUGAGGGAUCAGGUUUCAUAUGCACUGACAUAAACGAGUGUAUUGAUCCAGCGUUAAAUACAUGUCAUCAAAAUGCUGAUUGCUUAAACAUCCCUGGGUCACACCAGUGUCGCUGUAAAGUUGGAUACACUGGAAAUGGAAUCCAGUGUGUAGACAUAAACGAAUGUCUUACUGCAACGUCUUGUCACAUCAAUGCAAAUUGUACCAAUACGGACGGAUCGUUUGAGUGUGCCUGUAGAGCGGGUUAUGUUGGAGAUGGUAUUAACUGCGCAGACAAAGACGAAUGUUUAGAUAAUCCUUGCCACACAAAUGCCACGUGCGAAAACAGGGAUGGUACCCACCGUUGUUACUGUAAAACUGGUUUUAGUGGAGAUGGACAAUUUUGUGCCGAUAUCGACGAAUGUUUGACCAAUCCCUGUCACGUUGAUGCCACGUGUACAAACACAAUUGGCAGCCAUUACUGUACUUGCAAGGAUGGUUAUAGAGGAAAUGGAUUGCACUGUACAGACAUGAAUGAAUGUGAUGCGAACCCAUGUCACAGAUUUGCAACAUGCACAAACCGUGCCGGGACCUACCAAUGUGCUUGCAAUGCUGGUUUCUCUGGAGAUGGAGUUAAUUGUGUUGACAUUGAUGAAUGUCUGACCAACACGGACGACUGCGCACAUGGAUCAUCAGGAACAUGUACAAAUACAAAUGGAGGUUUUAUUUGUACUUGUAACACAGGAUACACUGGAAAUGGAAAGAUAUGUGUUGACAUCAAUGAGUGCGAUGAUUAUCCGUGUCACGUGAACGGUAUUUGCAGGAACACGCCUGGU